UCUCAUCUCACAUUCCCUUCCCCCACCACUUACUCCCAUCUCAUCUCCUCUACCCAUACCACUUACUCCCAGCUCACAUCCACUACCCAUACCACUUACUUCCAGCUCACAUCCACUACCCAUACCAUUUGCUUCCAGCACACAUCCACUACCCAUACCACUUACUCCCAGCUCACAUCCCCUACCCAUACCAUUUACUCCCAGCUCACAUCCUCUACCCACACCAUUUACUCCCAGCUCCCAUACCGCUUACACCUAUCUCACCUCCCCUCGCCCUUACCACUUAUUCUCAUCUCCUAUGCCCCUACUACCACAUCCAGCACACCACUUACUUCCUAUCCGUUUCCCCCUUACCUCCCGAUUAUUUUCCCAUUUCACUCACCCCAUCCCCGCCUUUGCCCGUGCGUUUAUCCGUGA